UCGAGCGCGGUGUCCAGUUGCGUGAUCUCCCGCAGCUCUCCUCAGGAAACCAACCAUCUCCAUUCACUGAGCGUCAGUGCUGAGCGCCACGGUGAAGCGCGCUGUAGUGCGGUGUCUGUGGUCCGAUCUGGUGGGGGAAAUUAAAAAAAAAAAAAAAAAAAUACAAAACCACAGGAUUUAAACUGAAAACUUCAACUUCACUGAAAGCGUCAUCUUUAGAGGUGUCUCAGGAGUCGUCCGACAACAUGAAUUUUGCUUUCAUCUGUAUUCUUUGUGGAUUGUCGUAUGGUGUGUCCGCAAAAGGUAAAGAGUCAAAAGGAAAAUACAGUCUCCCUCUUCUGGAUGUGAAAGCUCGGCAGCUAGUCCUGGAGACCAACCAAACACUGCUGCUCAACUGCAGGGGCCGUUGGGAGCUGGUAUGGGCGUUCCCAGCAGGCUUGUCCAAAGAUCAGGGGAAUGUACAAGUUGAGGAGUCUCGCUGUGGCAGGACAGGCCAGCAGUACUGCAGCCGUUUGACGGUCAGCCAAACCUUGGCACAGCACACCGGCCCUUAUCGCUGCCGGUACCGGCACCGAACCAGCAGACAAACCUCUGUCUACGUCUACAUCGCAGACAGCCGGCGGCCAUUUGUGGAAUUGCGGGGUGAGAGCCCAGAUGUGCUGUACAUGAAGGAGAGGGAGUCGCUGCUCAUCCCCUGCCGGGCCACUCACCCUAACACCACCGCCUCGUUGGUAAAGUUCCCCAAUCAUGAGCUGCGCCCAGACCAGAGGAACAUUAUUUGGAACAGCAAGCGAGGCUUCACCAUUCGCAGCCCCACCUACUUUUACAUCGGCCUCUUCUUCUGUCAGACGGCCACUGAUGGUGUCAAACACUCGUCACACAUAUACUUCAUACACAGACCAGUGAGUAAUAUCAUGGAGGUGUAUCUGAACAGCAGUGGACCUGUUCAGGCCCUGAAGGGAGAGAAACUGGCCCUGAACUGCACUGCCACUGGAGAGCUGAACACCAGAGUCAACAUCACCUGGGACUACCCUGGAAAGGAAAAUGGCAUCAGCACCAUCAGCAAGCGGAUCCUGAACAUCCGAACGCACAUGUUGUUCUACAGUAUUCUGACAAUCCCCAAGCUGCAGCGCUCAGACAGGGGCCUCUACACCUGCCGUGUCACCAGCGGCGAAAAAAUCAAACGAGAGACCAAAGUGACUGUUACCGUCUAUGACCGUCCGUUUAUCCACCUGAAGCCCAGAAAUGGAUCUGUGAUGGAGGUACAAGCAGGACAGAAGUCUUAUCGGCUCUCUCCCAAACUGAGAGCCUUCCCUGCCCCAGAAAUCAUCUGGAUGAAGGAUGGCACGGUGGCAGCAGAGCAGUGCUCCCGAUACCAUGUAGACGGGAAUUCCCUGGUGAUCCGGGAUGUAGCAGAGGAGGAUGCUGGGAAAUAUACCGUCCUGGUGGGAAUCCAGGAACACGGACUCAAACAGAAUCUCACGCUCACACUGGUGGUCAAGGUGAGUCCCCAAAUAGGAGAGAAGGCGGUGUCGUUGCAGGACCCUGGCACCGUCCCGCGGGGGAGCAGACAAGCCCUGCACUGCACGUCCCACGGAGUGCCCGCUCCGCACAUCCAGUGGCUCUGGCACCGCUGCCCGUCCAAAGGCCUGUGUGUGUGUCCGAUGUCCUCGUCACUCUGGAGCCCUGUGAGAGAGAGAGUCCCAGGCACGUCCACACACAACCACGUCCUGAGUGUCACACACAGACAGGAAGUGCUUCAGGGAAAGAAUAAGACUGUGGGGGUCCUGACUGUGGAGGCUUUUGUGUCUGGAGUGUAUCGAUGCGUCGCCUCCAACUCUGUUGGCACAGAUCACCUGGACAUCCACUUCUAUAUCACAGACAUCCCAGGGGGCUUCAGUGUGAGUCAGAGGGAGGAGCCUAGAGAGGGCGGAGACCUCCAGCUCACCUGCAAAGCCAACAAGUACUUGUAUACAGCGUUGUCAUGGCAACGAGUGACUAACAAAACAGAGUACACCGGGCCUCAGAGACCUGCGCUGAGCGGUCAGCUCACAUCGGGGGACUUCUCCUGUUCGCUGUCCCUGUUGCUUAGCAACCUGACUCCCAGCGAGUCUGGGACCUACCGCUGUUCGGCCCGUCACCUCCUCACCGGACAGGAGACACACCUGGACACACAGGUGGAGGUCACAGUCCUGGAGCCGCCAGUGCUGCUACACAACCUGACCGACUGCAGCGUCAAUGUUAGCAGCUCAGUCACCCUCAGCUGCCCCGCCCAGGGCGUCCCACUCCCAACCAUCACAUGGUACAAGAACGAAAUGGCACUGUCACAGGGCUCAGGUAUUGUCAUGAUACCAGAAGAUGGGACUCUCCACAUUGAUCGGAUCACGGUGGAGGACCAGGGCCUGUACACGUGCCAGGCCACCAAUCAGAGGGGAUCUGUGGAGAGUUCUGCCUAUAUAUGGGUCAACGGUGGCUCAGAGCCCUCAUUUCUGGAAAUCCCUACUCUCACCUGUACCUGUGUGGUUGCCACUCUCUUCUGGUUGCUGCUCACUCUCUUCAUACGCAAACUCAAACAGCCCCAGUGCUCCAGCACCAAGCCAGAGUACCUGUCAAUCAUCCUGGACACAGGAGAGGGGCCGAUGGAGGAGCAGUGUGAGAGGCUGCAGUACGACCCCAACCAAUGGGAGUUCCCCAGGGAGCGCCUCAAAUUAGAGAAACCUCUGGGCCGUGGAGCGUUUGGGAAGGUCAUGCAGGCGUCUGCCUUCGGCAUAGACGACUCCACCAGCUGCAGCACCGUGGCUGUCAAGAUGCUCAAAGAGGGUGCUACAGCCAGCGAGCACAAAGCUCUGAUGACUGAACUAAAGAUCCUCAACCACAUUGGACACCAUCUGAACGUCGUCAACCUGCUGGGAGCCUGCACCAAGCCAGGAGGACCACUGAUGAUCAUAGUAGAGUACUGUCGCUAUGGAAAUCUCUCUACAUAUCUGAAGAGCAAGAGGCAGGUUUUCGUGUACGACAGGCUGAUUGGAGGAAGGCAGGGGCAGCUGGAGAGUGCGGGCAGUGUGUCCAACAGCCAGAGUAGCAUCGUCUCUGGGUUUGAGGAGGAGAGCGAAAAGAAAGACAACGACCAGGACACCAAGUCUGUCUCCAGCUCUUCCUUGUUCCUGGAGGAUCUCAUCUCCUUCAGCUUCCAGGUGGCUCGGGGGAUGGAGUUCCUGGCCUCUCGCAAGUGUAUUCACCGAGAUCUGGCAGCCAGGAACAUUUUGCUGUCUGAGAAUAAAGUGGUGAAGAUCUGUGACUUCGGCCUGGCCAGAGACAUCUACAAAGACCCGGAUUAUGUUCGCAAGGGAGACGCCCGCCUCCCCCUGAAAUGGAUGUCUCCAGAGUCCAUCUUUGACAAAGUGUUCACCAUCCAGAGCGAUGUCUGGUCCUUCGGCAUCCUGUUGUGGGAGAUCUUCUCCUUGGGAGCUUCCCCAUACCCGGGGCUUCACAUAGACGAAGAGUUCUGCCACAGGCUGAAGGAGGGAACGAGGAUGCGAGCGCCGGAGUACAGCACUCCAGAGAUUUACAGCACCAUGCUGGCAUGUUGGGAGGCCAACCCCUCAGACCGACCCACCUUCACUGACCUGGUGGAGACACUCGGAGACCUGCUACAGGCACGGGUCCAGCAGGAUGGGAAAGACUACAUUCCUCUGGGAUCUUUCCUGGCCGGAGACAUGCACAACAGCGAUAUCUGCGCAGAAAACAUCUCUGCCAAACUGCAGCCACAUGCCGUCACCAAUCUGGGUUAUAUGAGGAGCAUGGCCACUCUUAAGACUUUUGAAGAGCUGCCCUGCAAGGAGCCAACCAGCAUCGAUGAUGAGCAGAGUGACAGCGGCAUGGUCCUGCCAUCAGAGGAGCUGAAGCAUCUGGUGUGGGGCAGCAGCACCAAGAACAGAAAACUCAGCAGGUUCUUCACCUUCCGUAAGAGCCGCGUGAACCAGGUGCCAUGUCUGUGCAAUGACAUCACAGGUCUCCAUGACAAUGAGCCACCUGUCCUGCCAUGUGAUUGGGAGUCAGAGGAGGGGGGCUCGCCUCCUCCUGACUAUAACUCCGCCUUUCUCUACCCCUCGCUCUAGCAUCUCCCUUCGUCUAACUCUUUGCAUUCUUUGACAACACUAUAGUGAAUCUGGAAUUUUUCCACUCACCCCUUUCUUGUCACUUUGGAGUCACACUGUCUUUGUCCAAUUGUCUUCUGCUGUCUGCAUCCUCUACCUCACUGUAAUUUCUGCAGGUUAUUACUGUUCCCCCUUUCCUACACCCAAAAUCUGCAGUUCCUGUUUUCAUUUUCAGCCAAACCUCAAAAUCAUAUCUCUAGAUCAAACCCAUGACUUUAUUUUUUCACUCUCUUCACUUUCCUUUUAAAACAUUUAGUUUAUGCUGUUGUGCAACAUAUGGACAGGUGACAAAUUAAAGCAAAAAGACUAAAUAAAGUGUCGUAGUAAGGUGUUGGGAAACCACUAGCCGCCAGAACAGCUUCAAUUUUCUUUCAAUCCGGCGUAGAUUCUCCAAGUCGGUGGAUCUCUCCUGGAGGGAUGGAGCACCUUUCUUUGAAAAGAUCCUGUGCAUAGAGAAAGCUAAUAUAGUGAGUUGCAGUACAUAAGGCUCUCAUUACAAAGAUCAAUGCACAUUUGAGAGGUCAGUGAUACAAAACCACAAGCACUGUUCUACAGAGAUGUGAAAAAAGUGAUGUGGUUAGAUGCACCCCUUAUUUUGAGCAAGACAUUGAGUACAUGUGUGGCGUAAACUGAGAAAACGUGAAUGCUGGGCCCCUUUUUAUGGCCUGGUUUGCACGUUGCAGGGAAGACUCACUGCAAAUCAAUACAAAGUUAUUCUGAGUGUUCACCUUCAUCCUGUGAGGGAACAUGUCUACCCUGGUGGGAUGAUAAUCCCUCCAUCCACAGGGCGCAAGGGGCUCGCCAAGUGGUUUGACAAGGAUGAAAAUGAUGUGAGCUGCAGUACCAUGGCCUCUGCAUUCACCACAUCACAACCCCACUGAACACCUGUGGGUGAUUUUGCACCGAUGUGUUAGACAGCACUGCCAGCGUCAUGAAAACACCAACUGAGGGAAUGUCUUUUGGAGGAACAGAGCUCCAUCCUUCCAGUAGAGCUACAGAAACUUUGAGAAUCCAAGCCACGGUGCAUUGAAGCUGUUCUGGCUCAACACUUCACUAAAACGUUAUGCCACCCGUCUGUGGCGUCCUCAGUAAUGCUCAAGUAAAGCCCUCCCUCACCAAACACCUUCCAAGAGCAGCUAUUACCUGAGAAGUACUUAUCCUAUGCAACUACAUAGAAUGUAUCUACUGAUUUAGUAUUAUUAUGAGCUUAUUGCAUUGGUACCUCGUGCACCAAGCUUUGUGGACGAGGAGCCCUGCUGUUCAAAAUGAUGGUGGAGCUCCUCACACAUCUAUAUGCUGGAAGAAACUAAAGGAAUUAUAUGUUAGACAGAAUGUAUUUGUAUUUAUUUUAAGGCUGUACUCUACACUUGGAACACUAUGGAAAUGUCACUACUUAAUUUUACUGCCACAAGUGUCAUGUCUGUUGCUGACCUUAUUUGAAUGUAAUUUAUAUUCAGUUCACAUUAAUUCAAUCAAUGCUGCAUGUCUCGAUUUUGUUGAAAGGAACGAGAAUGCUAGUUUUGAAGUGUUGCAAGUAAUGAUCAAAUGUUUUAACAUUAAAAAUCUUGAUGUAAAGAUGUAAAAAAGAUAUAAACAGAAAAAAGAGAUCACAAGUGAAAUGAAAUUGUCCCCAGUUGAAAAAAAAAAAAAAAAAAAAAACAAUUACUAAAACCAUCUGUAAGCAUUUGAUAAUUAGAGCUUGAUUUACUUAGUUUAUAUUAAGGUGAAAUUUUAACUUGCAUGCAGAGAAUAUUUUCAUAUUUCAGGUGCUGUUCAAAUUGAUCAUAUGUGGAAUUUUUUUUUUUUUUUUA